AUGCUUUGGUACUGGUACGUCGUCCUGUUCGGAGUGGUGGAAGGUGUGCGGGAAGUAAUGGAGCUGCAGACAUCCGACGAUCAGGGUCGUAGUGACGUCUGCUGCUGCCAAAGUCACAUGCAGGAGAACAAAGCAAAGGCGAGGGGCGGGGAGGAUUGGCAAGAAGUACCCAUCAACGAAGGCAAGUGCCUAAUCUUCAAGCAACUGAGGCCAGAGCGUCCUUUCUGGUUUCAUGCAGCGGAAACGAACUACAGGUGCUGUUGGACCUCCGGGUACUUCUGCACCUCGAGCAUGAGUAUCAUGGGCUCAUGGAACAAUGGUGGCGACAAGGUCGAGGGCGCAGCCGCACAGAGGGCUUGCCCCAUCUCCACUUCCCCCAGAGGAACCCUGGGUCCUCCGGACAAGACCUUCGCAUUCAACCGCGAGUGGGCCAACGCCGAGAAAUCCAUUGUGAAGAUGGUCGCCGCAAACACCUUGGCCACGAGCGUGGGUGCUGCCAACGCCGCCGGAGCAGGAGGGCUUCACGUGGACGUGGCGCAGACCGUGGAUCAUGCGCGCAGUGCUUCUGAGACAGCUGAAGACGCUCGAAAGAGUGUGAGGCAGCACACAAGCCCCAACGCUAGGCCCUAG